AGGCGCUCGGGUCAGCAGUGGCGGGCAUUUCCUCUUCUCCCAGUGUCUGUUAUAACUAAGUCAGGGUCUGGGAUCUCAAAAUCGAAUGGAGAAGGUGGGAAAGUAGUGGUCACCGCAGCAUGUGUGAGGCCAGGUGAUGCUGCUCCGGAGCGAAGCGCCAGGGCGGAGACAGGAGCUCGCUCUACCAGGGACACCCGCCUAGCGCGCUGCUGGCGCCCCUCACCACCCACAGAGUCAGAUGGCGGAGGCUGGGUGGAGGCACCUGGCUGAGGUUAGGGUGACCUUUGAGGAUGUGGCCGUGUAUUUCUCCAGGACAGAGUGGAGCCUCCUUAAUGCGGCUGAGAGACGCCUGUACCUCCAUGUGAUGCUGGAGAAUUUUGGUCUUAUAUCCUCGCUGGGUUGCUGCUGUGGAGCAGCGGAUGUGGAGGCUCCCACUGACCAGAACCUUUCUGUUAGAGUGGCCCAAGCAAAGGAUCCCAAGGCAGCUUUGUCUUCCAAGAAGAGCCACCCCUGUGACAGUUGUGGGUGUGUCUUGAGAAAAAUUUUUCUCUUGGUUGACCAGCAGGGAACUCAACAGAGACAGAAACUGCUGAGGUGUGGAGCAUGUGGAAAACAAUUUUGUUUCAUUAUGAAGCAUCACGAGCACCAGGAGCAGCACUUGAGAAAGAAGUCUUUUGUACAAGGUGUGGACAAGGCCUCACUUGUGAAAGGCUGCAAUUUCAAAGUGUCCGAAAAGACGUUUACCUUCCAGGAGCUUGAGCAGAUCAAUUUUACUGAUUCAGAAAAUAUCCAAAAACAAGCUACUAACAGCAGGGAAAGAGCAAAUGAAAUGUCAACAUCUGGGGAGGAUUUUCAAAGGAGAAAAAUUUAUCACACAAGAAAAGAAUGUAAGAAAGCCAUUGGCUGCAAACACACACUUCUUCCAGACCAGGCUGUCCAAACUGGAAGACGAUGUUUUGCGUGCCAUGAAUGUGAAAAAUGUUUUCUAGGAAUCUCUGGUCUUCGUUAUCAUCAGAAAGUUCACACAGGGGAAAAGCCAUAUGAAUGCAGUGAAUGUAGGAAAUCCUUUACUAGUGGCUCUGCCCUUCGGAAACAUCACAGAGUUCACACUGGAGAAAGGCCUUAUGAGUGCAGUGAAUGUGGGAAAUCUUUUACCAGUGGCUCUACCCUCUGUUAUCAUCAGAGAGUUCAUUCUGGAGAAAGGCCUUACGAGUGCGGAGAAUGUGGCAAAUCUUUUACUAGUAAUUCUGACCUUCGUAAACAUCACAGAGUUCAUACUGGAGAAAGGACUUUUCAGUGUGAUGAAUGUGGGAAAUCUUUUACUAGUAAUUCUGCCCUCCAUAAACAUCACAGAAUUCACACUGGAGAAAGGCCUUAUGAGUGUGGUGAAUGUGGAAAAUCUUUUAGUAGUAAUUCUGACCUCCGUAACCAUCGCUUAGUUCACAGUGGAGAAAGGCCUUUUCAGUGUGGUGAAUGUGGGAAAUCUUUUACUAGUAAUUCUAACCUCCAUAAACAUCACAGAGUUCACACAGGAGAAAGGCCUUUUAUGUGUGGCGAAUGUGGGAAAUCUUUUAUCAGUGGCUCUGGCCUCCAUAAACACCAGAGAGUUCACACUGGAGAAAGGCCUUAUAAGUGUGAUACAUGUGGGAAAUGUUUUACCACUAGCUCUGACCUACUUUAUCACCAGAGAGUUCAUACUGGAGAAAGGCCUUAUGAGUGCCAUGUAUGUGGGAAAUCUUUUACCUGGGGCUCUGCCCUCCGUAAACAUCACAGAGUUCACACUGGAGAAAGACCUUAUGUGUGCAGCGAAUGUGGGAAGUCUUUUACUAGUAAUUCUGCCCUCCAUAAACAUCACAAAAUUCACACUGGAGAAAGGCCUUAUGAGUGCAGUGAAUGUGGGAAAUUCUUUAUCAGUAGCUCUGCCCUGUAUACUCAUCACAAAGUUCAUACUGGAGAAAGGCCUUAUGAGUGCAGAGAAUGUGGGAAAUCUUUUACUAGUAAUUCUGACCUCCGUAAACAUGACAUAGUUCACACUAGAGAAAGGCCUUUCCAGUGUAGUGAAUGUGGGAAAUCUUUUACUAGCAAUUCUGCCCUCUGCAAACAUCACAGGGUUCACACUGGAGAAAGGCCUUUUCAGUGUGGUAAAUGUAAGAAAUCUUUUACCACUGGCUCUGGCCUCCAUAAACACCAGAGAGUUCACACUGGAGAAAGGCCUUUUGAAUGUGGUACGUGUAGGAAAUGUUUUACCACUAGCUCUGACCUACUUUAUCAUCAGAGAGUUCACACUGGAGAAAGACCUUAUGAGUGCCAUGUAUGUGGGAAAUCAUUUACCUGGAACUCUGACCUCCGUAAACAUCACAGAGUUCACACUGGAGAAAGACCUUAUGAGUGUGGUGAAUGUCGGAAAUAUUUUACCAGUCGUUCUGCCCUCUGUUAUCAUCAGAGAGUUCACAAAGGGGAAAGGCCUUAUGAGUGCAAUGAAUGUGGGAAAUCUUUUACCAGUAGUUCUGCCCUGUGUUAUCAUCAGAGAGUUCACAAAGGUGAAAGGCCUUAUAAGUGCAGUGAAUGUGGGAAAUCUUUCACCAAUAGUUCUGCACUCCAUAAGCAUCAGAGAGUUCACACUGGAGAAAGGCCUUAUGAGUGUAGUGAUUGCGGGAAGUCCUAUAUCAGUAGCUCUGCCUUGUAUACUCAUGGGAAAGUCCAUACUGGAGAAAGCCCAUAUGAGUGUGGUGAAUGUGGGAAAUCUUUUAAUAGUAGUUCUGACCUAUGUAAACAUCACAUGGUUCAUACUGGAGAAAGGCCUUUUCAGUGUGGUGAAUGUGGGAAAUCUUUUACUAGCAAUUCUGCCCUCUGUCAACAUUAUAGAGUUCACACUGGAGAAAGGCCUUUUCAGUGUGGUGAAUGUGGCAAAUCUUUUGCCAGUAGCUCUGACCUUAGAAAACAUCACAGAGUUCACACUGGAGAAAGGCCUUAUGAGUGCAGUAAAUGUGGGAAAUCUUAUUUCAGUAGCUCUGCCCUCUCUUAUCACCAGAGGAGUCAUACUGGAGAAAGGCCUUAUGAGUGUGGUGAAUGUGGAAAAUCUUUUACUAGUAAUUCUGCCCUCCGUUAUCAUCACAGAGUUCACACUGGAGAAAGGCCUUAUGAGGGCAGUGAAUGUUAGAAAACAUCUGUGACAUUCACCUUCGUUGUCAUCAGAGAGUUCACUUAGUAGAAUGGCCUAUGGCUGCAGGGAAUGAGAAUUUUUUUUUAUCAGUGACCUUUGUUAUCAUCAGAGUUCACCCAGGGGAAUGGCCUUAUGCCUGCAAUGAAUGUGAAAAUUCUUUACCAGGAGCUGUGCCUGUCAUUGUCCUCAGUUCACAAUGAUUAAUUGUUAUAAUUUAAGGUAAUUUGGGAAAUCUUUUAUUUUCUAGCCAUUUUUUCUGUUAUCUUCUGAGAACUAACACAGGAAAAAGGAUUUAUGUAUGCUGACAAUAUAAGCAAUUUUUUUUAUUGUAGUACUAAGCUCUAUUAUAUUCAGAGAUUUCACUCUGGUAAAAGACCUUUUGAGUGCAGUGGAUAUGGGAAAUGCUUCUUCUAUCCAUUCUGUUAUCAGGGAGUUCACACUGGAGAUAGGCCUUAUGUAGACAUAAAAUAUAAGAAAUCUCUUAUCUCAUAGUCAUCACCAUCUUAAACACACUUCAUACUGGUUAAAGGCUUUUAGUGUGACAUGAACGUAGGAAAUCUUUACCAACAAAUCUAUAGCUUUUUGACCUUGGAGAUUUCUCACUGUAAAUGGAUCGAUUUAAGAAAUGUUUUAUUAUUUUUAGUAUAAUGACACUGAAGAAACCUUGCUGAGGAAACUUCUGACUUUAAUGUUUUACCAAUGUUCUCAGUGUGGGCCUGUGUCAUAAGUUUAAUGUUUAUGUUUUGAAGAACUUAACAAUGCAUUAUUAAACUACUGGU